AUGGUGGAGAUGAUUUACGGCGUUAGCCAAGUUUUAUCCAAUCACACCCCUCAAGAUGAGGCGGGCAUGUUUGUUAAUGGGUCGUCGGAUGCAAUGGAGGAAGAGGGGAUGACAUCUUCAGGUGUAGAGUCGGACCAUGGCAGCACUUCAAAUACAGCUGUUUCGAUCAAUCACACCGCUGUUACCGCGAACGAUUUUGCAGCGGAACGCAUUGAUGAUUUCGAGGAGGGUGCAACGGUUGACGUUACAACCAAACAAUCAAAGUCGUGUGCCGAAUGUGGAGAUGCUAAAGGUCCUUUUUUGAACUGUAGCGAUUGUUCACUCAUAUACCACAGCAAGUGCCUUAUGCAAUGUUUCCUUCCUGCAGGACAAGCUGGAUGGAAAUGCCCACAAUGUCAAUGGAAGUUGAUAAACACUGGUGAAGUACCAUUGGAUGCUACCCUUACUCACAGUGACUUAUUGGAUGAUUCCCAAUCUGGAUAUGAUGCUGGACGCUCACCACUACCAACUGAGGAGUUAUCGGACGAAGCUAGUGGACACGAAAAGGAACCUCCAGUGAAGGUUACACGUUCCACUGGAAGCCCGCGUGAACGUGCUUCGGAUUUACUUGAACGUAAGAGAAAGAAGCCAGUUACAGAAGGCUCCAACUUCCAAACCAAAAUCAACGUUGGAUAUAGUCACCAAGUUCCUUUCACACCAGCUUUCUUCCUGGAUGAUUCUCUUGGUCCACAACCAGAACAACAUGAUUGGGCGCGCAUGAUGUAUUCACCUUACUAUCUGGAGAAGAUACGUACACGCAAGUUACAGGAAGGCGCGGAUGACAGUGUGAUAAAGAACGAGUUUGAAUUGGCCGAGUUUAUACAACUAUGCGCACAAAACUGGAAGAACAAUCCGGGUUGGCAUCCGUUUUCACCGGAGUUCGCAUAUAAGAUACUGCACUUUGCUGACUACGACCCUAAAAAGGCACUAAAGGUUAUGAAUGAUCCGAAUUUCAACUUUUUGUGCGUAUGCGACCCACCAACACGUCGUUACGACAACAAGUGGAAACCCAAAGAUCGUCGCGGUCAGGUACCUACGACGCCAUAUCCACCUCCGGUCACACUGAGGGGUUACCUGUUACGCAGACACGAUGCGUCGAGGUAA